AUGUUGUCUUCAAGACAAAAAUUAGAUGUUUAUAAACAAACGUACAAUCAGCUUGGACACGAGUUGUCAAACAAUGAUCAUGUCCGAGCAAUUUUAAAUCUGAGCUACCAUGACCUUUCAGACGAUCUCAGAAACUGCUUCUUGUACUGCAGUCUCUUCCCUGAAGACUACCCCAUGUCACGUGACAGCCUUGAGAGGCUGUGGGUUGCAGAAGGCUUUGUGCCGAGUAAGGGAAAGAACACGCCAGAGAUGGUAGCUGAGGGAAAUCUCAUGGAGCUGGUCCACCGCAAUAUGCUUGAGGUGGUGGAGUAUGAUGAGCUUGGCAGGGUCAGCUUCUGUAAGAUGCAUGAUAUUAUGCGUGAACUGGCUAGUUCUGUUGCUAAAGAAGAGAGAUUUGCUUCAACAGAUGAUUACGACACGAUGAUGGAUAUUCGUCGUCUGUCAUCAUGUGAAUGGAAAGAGGACACUGCACGGAAAGCUGAACUUUCACAUCUUCGAACAGUAGUGUCAGUAAUUCCAUCCUCGCCUGACAUGCUAUCAUCAAUUUUAUCUGCAUCGAACUACCUUACUGUUCUUGAGCUGCAAGACUCUGAAAUAACUGAAGUGCCAAAAUCGAUUGGGUCUCAGUUCAAUCUGCGUUACAUCGGGUUACGGCGCACCAAGGUCAAGGCACUUCCGGACUCUAUUGAGCAUUUGUCUCGCCUCCACACCCUCGACAUCAAGCAAACCAAAAUAGAGAAGCUACCACGAGGGCUUUUCAAGAUCAAGAAGCUGCAGCAUCUUUUCGCCGAUAGAUAUGUUGAUGAGAAGCAGGUGGAGUUUCGGUACUUUAAUGGAAUGCAAGCACCUAAAGAGCUGUCGAACUUGCAAGAACUGCAAACUCUUGAGACCGUGGAAUCCAGCAAUGACCUGGCCGAACAGCUGCAGAAAUUGAUGCAACUAAGAAGUCUGUGGAUUGAUAACAUUAGUGCCGCUGAGUGUGCAAAUCUGUUUGUUACCCUUUCAAAUAUGCCGCUUCUUUCAAGCUUGCUUCUUUGUGCAAGGGAUGAGAAUGAGGCACUUUGCUUUGAGGCUCUCCAGCCAAGGUCUACAGAUCUACACAAGUUGAUUAUCAGAGGGAAAUGGGCCAAGGGGACACUAAAUUGCCCGAUAUUUCUGAAGCAUGGGACACAUCUCAAGUAUCUAGCUCUAAGCUGGUGUCACCUUGUGGAAGAUCCACUGGAGAUACUUGCGCGGCACAUGCCGAACCUCACGUAUCUGAGACUUAACAACAUGCAUGGUGCAAAUACUCUGGCUCUUUCUGCAAAUUCCUUUCCAAACCUGAAGACACUUAUCUUAACGUGCAUGCAUGAUGUCAGUGAGCUAAACAUCAGUGACGGCGCUCUUCCAUGCGUUGAAGGUCUGUAUAUCAUCUCGCUACCGAAGCUUGACAAGGUCCCUCAAGGCAUUGAAUCCCUUCGCGCCCUUAAGAAGCUCACGCUGCAGUGCUUGCACAAGGAUUUCAGAAGUCAAUGGGACACCAACGGAAUGCAUCAGAAGACACUGCAUGUUCCAGAGGUUCGUGUCUAG